AUGCUUAAGGAGGAGGAGUGUGGAUUCUUGCCAAUGUUGAGAAUUGCUUCUUACAGCUCAGCUUUCCUCAAGCUUUACAUAUUAAUUUUAGCACCAGCCAUCAAAAGAGAGCUGGUGGGCAUUGUCGGAGGGCACAAUGCUCCAAAGGGGAAGUGGCCCUGGCAAGUCAGCCUGCAGGUAUACCGCUAUCACUUGGCUUCCUGGCAACACAUAUGUGGUGGCUCCCUCAUCCACCCGCAGUGGGUGCUGACUGCUGCCCACUGCUUUAUAAAGAUCCCAUCAACCUACUGCAUCAUGACUAGGGAUGUAUACCUCUAUGGAGGCCACAAGCUGUUGAGCGUGAAACAGAUCAUUGUUCACUUGGACUUUGUUGAUGUUACACUGGGUGCUGAUGUAGCAUUGAUACAACUGGCAGAACCCGUGCAAAGCUCUGCAGAUGUCAAGCCUAUCAAGCUGACCUCCCUGAAUCAUGAGGUCACCCAGAAUGAUGAGUGUUGGGUGACUGGGUGGGGCCAAACAAGUUUGAAUGAUUUGCUGCCACCACCUUACCACCUGCAGCAGGUGAACGUGCAGGUGAUUGAGACCUCUGACGGUGAGCGGCUGUACCAGAAAACUAAUAGGUUUGGCUACCAUAACAGGAGGAUUAUUCUCGAUGACAUGUUGUGUGCUGGCACUGAGGGCCACGGACCAUGCUUCGGUGACUCUGGUGGCCCACUUGUCUGCAAGGACUCAGAUUCUUGGAUCUUGGUGGGAGUGGUCAGCGGGGGCCGUAACUGUAGCUGGAGUAAUGUUCCUGCCAUCUUUGCUCGUGUUGAGUUCUUUGUGCCCUGGAUCAAGCAGCAUAUUCAGAGUUCCUCCUAAGUCCAGAAUACGGCUCUCCACUGGUCAACCAAGGAGGUGCCUGGUGCCGUCCUACCAGUGCCUGGGCCUGCAGCUUCUCUUGCAUGAUGCAGAUUCAACUUUUUUCCUAAACUCCUUGGAGCCCUAGAAUUUCCUGAAUACUCCUGGGUGAGAGCCUGUCCCUGGCUCCUGUGGCCUGUUCCUGAGCGGAGGUUGUAAGGUGUGUAGGGCAAGGGCCUGAGUUCCUGGCACCCGAAUUUGCUAAGCACUCAGCUGUUGGAGGACAACUGAGAUAUUUCUGCUUUCUGCCUAUGCUAAAUAAAGAUACUAUGAAAA